AUGGUUGUUAGAAUUCGUUUAGCAUGUCAUGGUAUAAGAAAUCGACCAUUUUAUCAUAUAGUUGUGGCAAAUUCAAAAUCACCUAGAGAUGGUAAACAUAUUGAAAAAGUUGGUGUUUAUGAUCCAAUUCCCGGACCUGAUGGCGUUAAGAAUAUUGAAUGGAAUGUUGAUAGAAUUAAAUAUUGGAUAUCUUGUGGAGCUCAACCUAGUGAUACUGUGGCAAAACUUUUAUCGAGGGCUGGUGUUUUGCCGCCUCUACAAAAGACAUGGAAUAAGGCUGUCAAAUCUAAUGAUCCAAACGAUAACUGA